UGAUGAUCUGUGUAGCUCCAGCAGUGCCACCUGUCAGUGUCCAUCAGUGCCAGGUCUCAGUGCUCAUCCAUGCCACCUGCCAGUGCCCAUCAGUGCCACAUCAGUGCCACAUUUCAGUGCCCAUCAGUGCCACAUCAAUGCCACAUAUCAGUGCCCAUCUGAGCUGCCUUUCAGUGUCACACCAUCAGUGCCAGUCAGUGCCACCUGUCAAUGCCAGUCAGUGCCACCUAUCAGUGCUAGUCAGUGCCGCCUAUCAGUGCCAGACAAUGCUGCCUAUCAGUGCCCGUCAGUGCUGCCUAUCAGUGCCACCUGACAGUGCCAGUCAGUGCCACCUAAAAGUGCCAUCAGUGCCGCAUAUCAGUGCCACCUAUCAUUGCCGCCUAUCAGUGCCACCUAUCAGUGCUGCCUUUCAGUGCCCAUCAGUGAUGUAUGUCAAUGCCCAUCAGUGCCACCUACCAGUGCAUCCUCAUCAG